AAAUUCACUGUCGUGGGAUCAUACCCCUCGCUGACCUCCCCAAGUUAUACGUCGUCGUUUUGGAUCGUCGGCUCUCGGCCAUUUCACCCACUUCUGAAUAACACCGCCACCUGUUAACUGUUUCUCUCUCCUCUCCCUCUCUCCUAUUUCUCUCUCCUCUAGAUCUCAAGGAAUUCGAAAUUCCACCUUACUUUGAUCUCAAUGUGGAAUUCGGAGCACUAGGUCGAGAUUUGCUGGAUUUUUCGGUAAUCUGGUUCGAACGAUGAGUGAUCAGAUUACAUAGUGAAAGAGUGGUCUCGCUGGAAGCGAAGGUUGCGAUCGGAGCUUCCGAGUCGGUGAGAAUUUCGGUUUCAAAAUUUAGAUUUCGGACUCCGGCAGCGUUUGGAUUGAAACGAUGUCGUCCAAGGUUGUCUACGAAGGGUGGAUGGUACGAUACGGGCGGAGGAAGAUCGGCCGGUCCUUUAUUCACAUGCGGUAUUUCGUGCUCGAGUCUCGGCUACUCGCCUACUACAAGCGGAAGCCUCAGGAUAAUCAGGUUCCGAUCAAGACGCUGUUAAUUGAUGGAAAUUGUAGAGUGGAGGAUCGAGGAUUGAAGACUCACCAUGGGCAUAUGGUAUAUGUUUUGUCUGUUUACAACAAGAAAGAGAAAUACCUUCGAAUCACGAUGGCAGCAUUUAACAUCCAGGAGGCACUAGUAUGGAAGGAUAAAAUAGAGUAUGUCAUUGAUCAGCAUCAAGGUUCACAAGUUACAAAUGGUAACAAAUAUAUAUCUUUCGAAUACAAAUCUGGAAUGGAUAAUGGGAGGACUGCUUCUUCAUCCGACCAUGAAAGUCAAUUUAGCGCCCAGGAAGAUGAAGAUGAUGCUCAUCCUAAUUUGAUGAGGAGAACAACAAUUGGAAAUGGUCCUCCAGAGACAAUAUUAGACUGGACGAGAGAUUCAGAUCUGACAAACCAGAGUAACAACAACCAAGCAUUUUCCAAAAAGCAUUGGCGUCUUCUCCAGUGCCAAAAUGGACUCCGCAUUUUUGAAGAGCUUCUUGAAGUAGAUUACCUUCCAAGGAGCUGUAGUAGAGCCAUGAAGGCUGUUGGAGUGGUGGAGGCUACCUGUGAAGAAAUUUUUGAGCUUGUGAUGAGCAUGGACAGAACACGGUUUGAGUGGGAUUGCAGUUUCCAGUAUGGUAGCUUAGUUGAGGAGGUUGAUGGACAUACAGCAGUACUUUACCAUAAGCUUCAGCUAGAUUGGUUCCCAAUGGUUGUGUGGCCGCGUGACCUUUGCUAUGUGCGCUAUUGGCGUCGAAAUGAUGACGGGAGCUAUGUUGUGUUAUUUCGUUCUAGGGAGCAUGAGAACUGUGGUCCACAGCCCGGAUAUGUGCGGGCACAUAUUGAGAGUGGAGGUUUCAACAUUUCCCCUCUUAAACCUCGAAAUGGGAGGCCUAGAACUCAGGUGCAGCAUUUGAUGCAGAUUGAUUUGAAAGGAUGGGGUGUGAGUUAUGUCCCAUCCUUUCAACAGCAUUGUCUUCUUCAGGUGUUGAAUAGUGUCGCUGGACUACGUGAGUGGUUUUCCCAAACAGAUGAAAGGAAUGCUCCUCCAAGAAUCCCGGUUAUGGUCAAUAUGUCCUCGGCUUCUGUUUCUUCACGUAAGGGGCAAAAGUUGCAUGAUUUUUCUGUUAAUUCCGCAAACAGAAAUUCUGUGAUGAUGGAUGAAUACUCGGACGAAGAUGAAGAAUUUCAAAUUGCUGAGGCUGAACAAGAGGCAUACCAAAAUGGUCUUGAGAACGAUAUGAAGAGGACAGCCGUAGAAGAAGAACCAGCUGAUCAAAUUGAUUUAUCCUGUUUUUCGGGUAACCUACGGCGUGAUGACCAUGAUAAUGCUCGUGAUUGCUGGAAUGUUUCUGAUGGUUGCAACUUCAGAGUUCGCAGCAAGCAUUUUUGUUAUGAUAAGUCAAAGAUUCCUGCAGGGAAGCAUUUAAUGGAUCUUGUUGCUGUUGAUUGGUUUAAAGACACAAAAAGAAUGGACCAUGUUGCUCGGCGUCAGGGAUGUGCAGCACAAGUUGCCUCAGAAAAAGGGCUUUUCUCUCUAAUUGUUAAUUUGCAAGUCCCGGCAUCAACACAUUACAGUAUGGUAUUUUAUUUUGUAACAAAGGAAUUAGUACCUGGAUCCCUCUUGCAACGGUUUGUUGAUGGUGAUGAUGAAUUUCGUACAAGUAGACUGAAGCUUAUUCCUUCUGUUAAAAAGGGUUCAUGGAUUGUCCGCCAGAGUGUUGGAAGCACUCCUUGUUUGUUGGGAAAAGCUGUUGAUUGCAACUAUAUCCGUGGUCCUAAGUACUUAGAAAUUGAUGUGGAUAUUGGUUCAUCUACUGUCGCUAAUGGGGUUUUGGGGCUGGUAAUUGGCGUAAUUACCUCAUUGGUGGUUGACAUGGCUUUCCUUGUACAGGCAAACAGUACAGAUGAAUUGCCAGAGAGGCUAAUUGGUGCCGUUCGUGUUUCUCACAUAGAUCUCAAAUCCGCCAUUGUACCAAAGCUGGAACCGGAUCCAUCAUGACCGACAGAGACAAAUUAACCGCUCAGUUCUUCCAUACAAAAUCAUUUGUUCAUCAGAUACGCAUAUAAUGCCUCCUGAUUUCAUUGCCAUAUCUCACUUCAGGAAUGGUCAUCUGAUUCAAGUGCAAUUUUUUUUGCAUAAAAUUGUGACAAGAGUUUUAUAAUAAGUACAGAACAAGGUAAGCGUUUUUUUC